CCUGUGAAGGUACUUUGGACUGUUCAGGGGUUAAGAGGGAGACAGUCUCCUGUGAAUAUGCAGUUUACUGUUUUAAAGCUCUCAGUAAAUGAUUGUUAGAAAUCUGUCAUGUGUAGCAAUAUAUUCAGAGAGCAUACCAUAGGCAUUGCUUAUACUUAAAAACUGUGUAUCUGUCACCAUUGCCAACUUGAUUUCAAUCCCCAGAGGUUAGAGGUGCAGCAAAUUGGACCAAUUUUCCGGUAUGGAAAAAGGGGAAUAUAACAAUAUAUAUGAAAACACAGAGAAUGCAAGAAUGUAUGAAAUUCCAGAUUUGGGGGAAGGAGACAUUGAGCAAAUUUAUGAUCAUACUAGUGAAGACUUGAGGCCCGUUUCUUUUACAUCUAUUCACGGCAGCAUGGAUAUGAGAUAUCAGGAAAGCCCAGAAGAGAACAGCCAUACUAAUUCUUUGUCCUCUCAGUAUGACGGGGAAAAAGAAGCUGAUUUUUCUGAGCAAUACAUUCAUGAAGACCAGCAAAGCCAGGGGGAAAUGGAACUGCUAAACCAAAGAUCAUCUCCUGAGCCAAUAGAAGGAAUGCCAUUUGCAAAUGAAGGAUUGUCUUCAGCUGAUUUCUUUCUGAAGAAGAUCCAGGGUAAUUCCAAAAACUUUCAAAAUGGCAUCAUAUUUUCUUGCAACAAUAAUUCAGAAGAAAAUAAUACUCAAGAGGUGCAUCAUGAGAUUUUUCUUUUUGUUAAGGCUGGUGUAGAUGGAGAAAGCAUUGGGAACUGUCCUUUCUCACAACGUCUUUUCAUGAUACUUUGGCUUAAAGGAGUUGUAUUUAAUGUUACUACAGUUGACCUGAAAAGAAAGCCAGCUGAUUUACAUAAUUUAGCUCCUGGAGCCCAUCCACCAUUCCUAACUUUUAAUGGAGACGUGAAGACAGAUGUCAACAAAAUUGAGGAAUUUUUGGAAGAAACCCUUUCACCUCCAAAGUAUCCUAAGCUUGCUGCCAAGCACCGUGAAUCCAACACUGCAGGCAUAGAUAUCUUCUCUAAAUUCUCUGCAUUUAUCAAAAACACAAAACAGCAGGACAAUGCAAGUUUGGAGAGAGGUUUGACAAAGGCUCUAAAGAAGCUGGAUGAUUAUCUGAGUAAUCCUUUGCCUGAAGAGAUGGAUGCAAGCAGUGCAGAGGAAGAGAAAGUAUCAAAACGAAAAUUCCUGGAUGGGGAUGAGCUGACCCUUGCUGACUGCAACCUUCUGCCCAAACUCCAUGUUGUUAAGAUUGUAACAAAGAAAUAUCGCAACUAUGAGUUUCCUGUGGAGAUGACUGGACUUUGGCGAUACUUGAAAAAUGCUUAUGCUCGGGAUGAAUUCAUCAACACUUGUGCUGCUGACAAAGAAAUUGAAAUAGCCUAUGCGGAUGUAGCGAAGCGGCUCAGCAAAUCCUAACUAAAAUCUACAAGAAUAUUUUUUUGCAGAGAUUUGCUUAUUCAUAGAUGCUUCUCAGUGAUGCCUUCAACUCUGUACAUAAUGUAUGUAUGUAUAUUAUUAUGCUUUUUGGGUUACUUCUUUGAUUAGAGUCCAUUUAUCUUCUCCCAUUGAAGGAAUGGCUUCCAUUUGCAGAACGAGGAGGUGGUGAUUCCCUCUCCCCUGCAGUCCCUCGAAAUCGGUUUUGGGAUCAUGAGAAGCCCUCCAAAGAUUCUGGAAAAAAUGUAGGAUAACAGUGCAGAGGGGAAAGCAUUUCUGAAAUCUUCACCAAUGUGUUUGAACAAAUAUUAUAACUUCUAAUCUGUGUUUUGAUUAACAAGUUAGCAGUUAGCUGUUACCUUAGCUAAAAAAAAUCAAUAUUAAUUAGAACAUAAACAUGAAAUAGUUGGAGUUGAUUUCUUAAUUUUUCUCAUGCACUCUUGGUAUGAUCUGUUUGAAAACACAUUGUGUAUUAAUAUGGGACUGUAAAGCUGGAGGGAAAAUUGGACUGGCCAUAGAACAGUUGCUAGCAUCAUACAGCAACUGCAGCUGAAAGUGCAACCUACAUGCCCACAGAUGUGGGGCAGCUUGGGCCUUUUUGGGUGGUUAGCUUGAGUGAAUACUAAGAUUUAUCAGAAAUACUGGAGACUGGCUCUCCUGUUUUUUUCUCAGUCCUGAAGUAUGGAAAUAGUGAGUGAAACAAUUUUGUAUAGGUUCAUAAUUCAAGGUUUUGGGAAGGUUCAAUGUUAGUACCAAACUCACAUGAAAUGAUGUUGAAAAUACAAUAUGAUACUCAGAAUUCAGGUUUAUGUGGAAAGACCUCAUGGUUAGCAGCUAAUUGCCAACAUAUCUCUGUGUGUCAAUAAACGAGGGCACAUGCAACAAAAAUCAGAUGCUUUAUAUAAAUUCCAGGAUAAUAUCAUAAGUUUAUUUUCUGUGUAGUCAUUCAGUUUGAAAAUCCUGAAGACAAUAGCAGUGUACUAAAAUAACUGCCCCUGCCAUUCCAUGAGGUGGUACUUUGACAGUUGUAUAACAGCUGCUAGAGAAUUAGUUGGUGCCUUGCUGCCAUCUUUCUUAUUUGUACUGUGGGGUGCUCACAGAUGGAUUUUCUGCAACUGGGUUGUUUCAGCCUUUGCCUGAUGAGUUCUGCAUGAAGCUUUUCUUGUCAACAGGUUGGAAGCCUGCUAUUUUCUGCUAUGUCAGGUUUUUAAAAAGGUUUUUUUAAAUAUAAAAAAUGAACUGGGAAGUUGGAUUAUCCUAAAGUAAGGAACUGAUCUCCAGUUUUUGCUCUUUUUCAAAGUUUACCUAUGGGCCCCACAUGCACCCUAGAAGCAUUCUUGGUGGUAGGAGGGGAGGAAUGAUAGGCUUUGGGUGAUAUGAAACAUCCUAGGAGGCUAGAGAUGGUCUGUACUGGGGGACUGGCAUCUCCCUGUGCCAUGUGCAUGUUUGCCUGCUGAGACUGGGGUAGUAUGGUGAGUGAGUUUGUACUUUUAGCUGCUUUUACCUCACCUCUACCUGGUCCCUGGUAAAGGGUGGUGAAUGUUUUACUAGUGUGUGUGUGUGUUUGGGUGUAGCAUGUGUGAUUUUGUCUAUGUACAAUGUUUGUAUGUUUUUGCCUUCUUAAAAAGAAAAAAUGGGAUGCACAAUGUGGAUGGGUGUUUUCACUAUAUGUAUGUUUCUCUGAGCAUCUGCAGUUUGUAUUCCAUGUUACUGGUAUUUUAUUGUGCUUUGUGGGGGGAAAUAUUUGGUUGACUUUGGGAGCUCAUGUUGCAGAUGCAACAAUGCUCAGCACUCAAGAGUCACAGUGAGCAGUAGCAAUCAGGUUAGAGUCUUUGACUGACCCAAAACGUCUUCCCUUUUUUUCUACCUAUCCUGUAAUGUAAACUGAAACUCUUAAGGGUGUUUCCACCUUUUCUCCCUCUCAGUCCCCUCUCUAUAGUGCAGUUAGAUUAGAUUAGCAACCUGAGUUACUUUCCUAUCUUUAGAAUUACUUUAUAUAUAGUUUCUCUAUACCAUUGGUAUCUUUGCUUCUUGGUCAGGAUCUCUAACUGCUGCCCACAUUCUCUGUCAGUUCAGUCCUAUCUCUGUUUGUUGCGGUGCUUGUCGCUCAGCCUUACCACUUUGUCUUCUGUGAAAUGUAUGUUGGAGUAGAACACUGUAGUUUCAAGCAAAAGGUUUUCUUUUUGGAGUUCAGACAACCUUGUGCUUAGGUAUGGGGGCAAACUACCUUAUCCUUUAUCCUGACAAGUCUAAUUUAUGGGAAAUGGAUAUUUUGUGACUGGAUGCGGAGUCACUACUAGAGCUCUUUUCUGAGAACACCCUCAAAGCUCUCUUGAUAUUUCCAUAUGUGGCUCCGGAAAAAAAAUUAGUUCCCUGGAACUAUCUUUGGAUAACAAGAAUUUAGGCUACUUGACAUACAUUAAUGCUUACUGCCAGGGCCAGCCAAAGAAAUUUUGCUGCCUGUGGUAGAGUAGCACAUAACUCUACCUAACAUAGGAGCUUUCCCUAGUACUAAAAUUGGCUGCCAGAGCAUUGCUGGAGGACGAGUGAUGGUUGGGUGGCAGUGCAGCAGCAAUUUUGUGUGCGGUAAAAUUAGUUUUAACCUGUUCCAGCCCUAUCCUGUCCCAUGCCCGGGUCAGCGUUAAAAUUGCAUGCGAUAAACUCCAUAGUUCCUAAGUUUAUUUGGUCAUAUGAGGUAGCAAAUCGCACAAGUACUUUUCUCAUCUUGGUUUGCUUAAGCCAAGAGCCUUAAAUGUUCCCUAAAUUUGGCUGUUUCAUCAUCUCAUCUCAACAUGACUCUCCACGUUUUAAAUCUUGCAUCAGAUUCAUUGGAAGAAGGAUAAGAACUACAUGAUAUAAUUUCACAAAUUCAGUAUUUAUUGUAGAAGCAAAACAAAGGUAUCAAAAUCAGAUCUUGGGCGCGAGGCGGGGGAAUAAAUAAAUUGAAUAAAAGGCAGAGAUUUAAAUCUUUGCCAGUUUUGUUCUUGCAGCAAGAACAACUAAUUGUACCAUUUAUUUUUCUUACUGCAAGAAGGUCAUCAAAAGUUGAGCAGGUUUUGAAGACACAAUUUAGGACUUAUUCUAUGAACAGAUGUACAUGGUUUUUGUGCACAAAUAGCAUUUUCUGCUCAUCAGUAUUAUUUUCUGUUUUGUACAAGACCAGGCUCACACUGCAAACAUUCUCACCCCUGUAUUAUUCUCCUUCUCAGGGCUUCUUGACACCUGAGAACUCUUUCCAUAUUCCAAAUAGUUUUGAAUAUUCUUUCCGUACUUAAUGAAUGGUGAUGAGAAUUGGUAUGGUGUAUUAUUAUUACAGCUAGUAAUUAAAAAUGUUUUUUAGAUUGCAUGCCAAAACAAUUAUCCUCCCUGGAAAACCUAGGGAUAAAAACUGGCAUUUGUUAAAGGUUUGGUGUAUAUAUUAUUAAUGUAGGAUUCAGAUUCUGGCAUUCCAUAUCAGAGCCCACAAGUGGCCACUAGAACUGGAUGCUUCAUGCAUUCACUGCCUUGGCAGCCUGUAAUUUGAAUACAUUAUGCCAUGGUUAAAUGUUUAAUGUUUUGAUAUUUACUAGAUAAUAUGUUAUACUAAUAUUGUACCUAAUAUUGUCACAAAUUCAAGCAACAAGUGUGGUGAUAAGAAGAUUUCUUUAAAAUGUCCUGCCUAAUUUAGUAAAACCAAAGGACUUAUGUAAUAUCUGGGAAAGUGAACAGAUUUUAAAGUGAGUCCAUUUUACAUUCCUGGUGACAUUUAGAAGUUUAUCGCAAUUACCUUAGAACGGCCCCUGAGCGUUCUUAAAGGGGCCGUUCCUGGAACGGGAGGCAGUGGGGAACGCUGUAUAUCGCACAGCAAGAACGCCGCCACCGCCAAGCAUUCCCCUUCCUUCUAGGAGUGUUCCCCUUCCGUCUAGAAGCGUUCCGUUCCGUUCUGGAGGGCUGAUUUUUGAGAACGCUUGAGAAAGCGUUCCUGAAAAUCGGCCCUGAGGAACGCUCCCAGAACGGAAGGGGAAUGCUCGGCGGCGGCGUUCUCGCUGUGCGAUAUACAGCGUUCCCCGCCACCUCUCGUUCCAGGAACGGCCCCUAUAAGAAUGCUCAGGGGCCGUUCUAACGUAAGUGCAAUAAACUACCCAGUCAGAAAUGCAGCUUCUUGUUGCUUUCUUCCCUGUCCAAUUUCAGGGUAAAGUAGUAAGUGAUAAUCAUGCUGGAGAGUGUUUAUCUACACUGGCACAGCACGUUUUCUGAAAAAAAUCUAAAUGACAAGACAGACAGUAUGGAUUAACAAUAACUUUGUUCAUAAAUUUCUCACAAGAUGUAAAGAAAGAUGCAGAUCAGAGGAGAAAAGUAGCCAACAAUAUGGAUUUAAUCAUUGAUGUUGCAGAAAAUGCAGACCAAAUGUCUGUAAAAAUGUCAAUUGUAGCCAAACAUUUCUUAGAUAUUUGUUUCAAAGACAUCAGUACUUCACACAGUAAUUCAUUCCUAUCUGGAAUCCACAUUGAUCUCUCUUUUAAUAUUAAUUUUAAAACCACUAAAGAACACUUUCCCCCCUGAAGGGUACUGGAGUUGUUGACAAUCUAGCAUAUCUGUAUAGCAGAAACAAUGAAGUUUCAAGGAACUUUAAAUAGGAAUUUUAUCAAAACACCUCUCCCAAGGAUUUCCAUGGGGCAACUGUUUUUGUCUGUCAUAUAUUUUUUUUUAAAAAGUUGAGUUUUAUGACAUUAAAGACUUAGAGAUUUAUUGUGGCAUAAGGUUUUAUGGGCAACCACGUUGGGUGAAGUAGACUCUAGUCCCAUAAAAGAUGAGUCGUUACUGUGUUUCUGACUUAUGGCGACCCUCAGGCGACCCUAUCAGUGGGUUUUCUUGGUAAGAUUUGUUCAGAAGGGGUUUACCUUUGCCUUCUUCUGAGGCUGAGAGAGUGUGACUUGCCCAAGGUCACCCAGUGAGUUUCUAUGGCUGGGUGGGGAUUUGACCCCUGAUUUCCAGAAUCAUAGUCCAACACUGAAACCUUUACACUAUGCUAGCUCUUACUAUAUUCUCUUUCACAAUGAAAGAGCCUAAUAAAGGCCUAAUAAAUUUGUUAGUCAUGUGUGCAUGUGCAUGUAUGUGGUGAGCAAUCUAAGCAUUAACUCAAGAAUAGAAACAGGGUAGGAAAAGGCAUGGGGAGCUGAUGCCUUCUUCUUUCAUUUCUGCUGUAACAUCUCAUAUAUGAGGAGUGGCAUUUGGCUUCCUCCAGUCUCAAAGUCUUCUGGGUCAUGCAUGUGCCCCUUCCGUCCCUUCCCUUUGCCUCAUUUGCCGGGUGGCACCACCAGCAGCCCUGCUUGGGUGGCAACUAGUUAAACAAGUGAGGCAGUGGGAAAGGACAGAAGGAAUGCACUGUAGGCCACCACAGCCCUUUCUGGGACUGGCUAGGUGACAGAUGGGGAGGGGGAGUAGAUGACAGAAACAGCAGGAGGAAGCUUUACCUCCACCAGGCUCCCUCCUCAGGAGUGCCAGUGGCAGUGAAGAGGAAGGGGCAAAUGUACCCCUUCUUUCUCUCCCACUGCCUCACUUGCCUGGCUAUCUCCCCAGCAGCCCUGGGUGAGCAGGCAGCUAAAUGAACAAGUGGGGGAGUCAGGGGUGGACGCCACGACCUCCUGUCAGCCCCCUUGACACCAAGCCUGAGGAUGUUCCUUUAUUCAGGGCAAAAGUACUUGACCUGAGACUGCACCAUUUUAGUGUUAGUAACAGUGUAAUUUCAGGUUAAGUACUUUUGCCCUGGAUAAAGGAACACUUUGUUAUUCUUUUGGACUUCAGGAUUAACCCUGUGAACUUCCGAUUAAUCUGACAAUGAGAAAUUUUCCCUUCCUUGUGGUGGUAGUUUCUGGCCAACGUCUAACCCAAUGAUCCAGUUCACUAGCUUUUUUUUUUUUACAUGAUUAACAGGAGAGUGUAGCUUCUACUUAUUUGGAAAUAGGAUUUACAGUACAGACUCAUUGUCAGUGAAUAUGAGAGGGAGCAUGACGUAGUGGUAUUAGUGUUGGAUUCUGAUUGACCAGGGUUUGAAUCUCCGCUAAGUCUUGGAAAACCACUGGGUGACCAUGAACAAGUCAGCCUGAGAGGAAGGCAAUGGCAAACCCUCUCUGAACACUUCUCACCAAGACAAAUGGAGAAUAAGGCAUACCACCUUUCUAAGCAAUAGGUGAUGUUGUCAGUCUGCUCUUAUUGUCAAGAUGUUCCUUCUAAUGUUCAAUCAAACUCUACCCUCCUGUAACUAUUCAAUCUGGUCCUAUCCUCUGGGGCAGCAGAGAACAGGGCUGCCCUAUCCACUCUGUGACAGUCUUGAGGUGUUUAAAGAAUGUAAUCAUGUCACACCCUCAGUCUUUUAAGUCAUGUGAUAAGACAGAGAGAGCAUGAAGACAUCUAACAACAGCAGCAGCAGCAACAACAACAACAAUUAAAUAGUUACAACUUGGUCACGCCACCCCAUGAGAGUGUUUACCUCUAUAUUUAAUAUUGGAAAAAAUUGCUCUGAUUUUAGACUUUAGAUGACAGUCAGAUGCCCAGGAUGAGAAAUUUAACUUAAAAUUAAAACAAUGGAAGCGUCUACUAACAUAGAAAGAUGUAAGCAGCUUCAAGUUGUCUGUUGGCUUAUGAGUUUUGUAGAAUUUUCUUAAGCAAGGAGUAUUCAGAGUUGAUUUGCCACUGACUUCAAUUGAAGAUAGCCUACAGUGCCAGGCAUUCCUCAGCAAUGUCCCUUAUAAUCCUUUUUUCACUACUUGCAAAUCAAAACCUUUUUACUAGAAAUAGGUAGAACUGGAAUUUUGAGAUGAGAUGUUAACUUCUAGAAACAUAUUGUCAAGAAAGAUAUUACAAAAAGAUUUAUUAUUAAAGAUGUGCAAAGUCAUUUCUUCAUUAAGACCCACUGAUACAUAUAAAAUGAAGUGGGGAAGAGUUGCAUUUGAACAUACUUUUAAAAAGAAGUUAUUUUUUCCCCCAUCAGUUCCAGUAAAGCAGUUCAGUGUUAGAGCUAACAAAGAAACAAACAGACAGGGGAUAAAGUACAUAUAUCCCCUGACUGAAAAUCAAAUAUGUUUUUGCUUGUUUAACUAUUGGUUAUGUAAGGAACAAAAUGCUAACUGUAGAUUGUCUUUGUGGCCAUAUAAACAUGUAAGAGUUUAAAAGCAUUGCCAUAACUAUCAGAUAAAUUAUCCUAACUUGUUCUUAGAAAUAUAUAGACUACCAAUAAAAAGAAUGGCUUACGUUCUACUUGCAAAUUUCUGGAAGAAGCCAGGUUUGUCUGCUAUGGUAGUACAUUUUUGGUGAAGAUAGUUAUUAUAUUAUAAAACCCUUGGUGAGAAGGAGGAUUCUACACAGAAAAUUCUCUCCAACCAAUAAACCUAACUUAAAUUAUUUCCCCCCCAGAAUAUGAGAAUAUGCCCUAUGAGGAACGACUCAGGGAGCUGGGGAUGUUUAGCCUGGAGAAGAGAAGGUUAAGAGGUGAUAUGAUAGCCCUGUUUAAAUAUUUCAAAGGAUGUCAUAUGGA